UUCAUUCAUUACAAAAUACAAAGUGGGUAAACAAGUCUAUCUCUAAAGCAAGAGAAUUCAUAGUUGAGAUUCUACAGCCAUGGAAGGAAGCAUAAGUAAGCGCGUGUGUCGUCUAUCGGAUCUAGCAAAUCCGCACAAACUUUGCCGAAGAUUGGAUCCCCCGCUCACCGCCUGCGUCUCCUGCAGAGGUCAACAACACCUUCGAUAUAGGCAUGGGUACUAUUACUAUUGUGCUACUUGUGAUUUGGAAUUUCACAGAGGUUGUCACUUGUUUCCUCCAGAAAUCAAACACCCUUUCCACCUCCUCCACCCACUCACCCUCAUCUUCUUAGAUCCUCGCUAUGAUAGCUCUAGCAUCCCUGAAAUUUGGUAUGCUGUUACAUCUUAAUCAUACAACGAUAUUCCUGGAGAUAAACAAGACUCUACUUCAGAUGGGAACCAUAAAAAAUGCAAAUCUUGUCGGAAAAAUAUUACAUACAGCCGCGACACAAAGUCGUAUGUUCGUUUUUUUGAUAUAACAUAUUAUCAUUGUUCUAUAUGCAAUUUCAGUUUGCAUUCUUUAUGCGCAAGGGAUUCACCACCUCUCACUAUUGAAAACCUAAAAACCCAUGACCACACUCUUACCCUCUUCCCCAGACCGCUCCCUUUGCCAUGUGAUGCUUGUGGCUUGUCACUUGACACUCCCGAUGAUUUAGUUUACUCUUGUCUGCUUUGUAACUACAUGGUCCACAGAAGAUGUAUUUACUUACCUCGGGCUAUUAAGAUCACCCGUCACCAACAUCGCCUCUCUCACACUUCCUCCCUUGUUCCUUCUGGUGAUGAGCUCUCUUGUGGUGUUUGUCGUAAGCUCGUUGACGUUAAUUACGGUCAGUUCUCUUGCAAUAAAGGAUGCCACUAUGCUGUCCACUCGAAAUGUGCAACAAAUAUAGAAGUGUGGGAUGGGAAAGAUCUUGAAGGAGUGCCUGAAGAAGAAGAAGAAGAAGUUAUGGAGCCAUUCGUGAGGAUUGAUGAAGAGACGAUACAACAUUUCAGUCAUGACCAUCACUAUCUAAAGAUCCAUCAUGGGAAUGAGAACCAUGGAAACAAGUUUUGCCAAGCCUGCAUCCUUCAGAUAACAGUUUCAGAUAGCUUCUAUAGUUGUGUCCAAUGUGAAUUUGUUCUCCACGAAACAUGUGCUUGCUUUCCACGCAAGAAAUGCCAUUCGCUACACAAGCACCCACUCACCCUCUUCCAUUCACAAUCUCCUCAUCUCAACGAGCUCGAGUCUCAUUAUUAUGACCUAGGCUUCUUCGUGUGCAAUGGUUGUGGUGGACAUUGUUGUGGUUUCAUUUACACGUGUUGUGAAGAGGGUUGUGAAUUUCAACUGGACGUAAGGUGUGCUUCGCUUCCUGAUCCUAUUAUCCAUGACUGUCAUCCACAUGAUCACCCUCUCUACUUCAAUUUCACCCAAGGUGAAUGCAUGGCUUGUAAGAGUACUUUAGAUUCAAGAAAGUUCUUAGAAUGUAUUGAGUGCAGGACUUUUUUGUGUCUCAAGUGUGCUACUCUGCCUCGUUUGGCUCACUACAAGCACGAUAAACACCCACUCACUCUUUGCUGCGGAGAAGAGAAGACAACAGAUCUCCAGUAUUGGUGCGAGAUUUGUGAAUCAGUCAUGGAUGCGAAAAAGUGGUUCUACACAUGUAACUCUUAUUCAGUCACUCUUCACGUUGAGUGCUUACUGGGAGUUGUGGUCUACAUGAAACCAAACCAUUUGAUCAGGAUGCAUGAAGGUGCUGAAAGUAUUCUUAUUGUAUACAACAGUGGUAACUCUAGACCAGUGUGUAUUGAAUGUAAACGCCGUUGUGGAGACACUUUGCUAGUCAAGUCGUCUGGGAAUAACUAUUGUACGAUCGAUUGUUACUUCGAUAUUUAUGCCUACCAUUUCUGACA